CCUAAUCAUUACAGCUUCUCGUCAAAUAUGAAGUCCUCUACCUCUGCCAUCGCCGCCGCUGCCGUUGUUUUAUAUGCUGCUUCCGCCCAAGCUGCUGAUGCUUCUGAUGUUUCCUUCUUAACAGCCUUUGUAGGUGACUUCAAGGCUCAUCCCAAAGAUUACCUCAACUUCUUACAAACCGCAAGUUUUCCACCAGAAGUCACUUCUUUGGCUGCCCAAGUAGGCACCUAUACUGAUCAAUCAUACACAACCUUGUUGGACGAUCCAAAUGUGAAUGUGUCUGAGUUGAAGGAUUUCGCUACAGAAUUGCCAUGGUACACCAGAAUAGAAGCUGAAGUCGGUACUGCUGCUAAGACUUCUGCUGCAGAGACCAGCAAGGAAACCAGUGCUCACUCAGAAACUUCUGGAGCCACAACUACGAGACUGACCAGCACUGCUGAACUGUCUACUUCUGCAACUUCUACUAGUACUGAAAAUGCUGGUAACGUUGCCAAAAUUGCUCCUGUUGGUGCUGCCUUGGGUCUUGCUGUUCUUGCCAUGUUCUAAGCAGAUUAUUAAUAGCUCAUAGUCCACGAGCUGAACUUGUGUAGUAAUUGUUUAAGCUCCACGCUUUUUACGCUUGUCUAAGCAGAUGGCAUAGCCACAAACGAACCUCCAAGAUGAUUACGACCCCAAAAUGUUACUAGCCCUGGCAAUCAGGUGCACCCCCUUCAUCACCUGAUACCCCACUCGUCAUAAAACACAUUUAUUUAACUUUUCAAAUAUAUCUGUACAUUAUAAAUCUCAUUGUUCUCAUAUUUGUUCU